GGAGGGCGUGGUUUGUGUUAUGAUUUCUCUUAAGUGAGAGUAUUGUAAUGUGCUGUACUGUAACCUGCUUCAGAGCGUCUGGUUGGCUGCCUCGGAGAGCUAUGGCGGGGAAGCGGCCGCUAGUAGUCUUGUUCGACCUGGGCGGCGUCCUUUUGGGUAGCAGUCAGAUAGUUUUCCGAAAUCUGGAGAAGACUUUGGGCCUGCCUGGAGAUUUCUUUCAAAAAGUCAUUCGGCAUAAUGGCUCUGAUGGACCUUUCUCAAAAGGGAUGACUGGACAGAUUGGAUUAACUCAGCUUCUUGCUGACUUUGAAGAUGAUUGCAAGAAAGUUUCUUCUACUUCUAAUAUCCCCCUCCCUGAAAACUUCUCAUUGGGCGAGAACUUUGUCGAAAUGAUGGCGAAAAGUGGCUUUAGUGUACCCUUCCUGAAGGCUGCUAUGCUUCUCAAGAAAAAUGGUUUCAGAAUUGCUGUCCUGACAAAUAACUGGAUUGAUGAUACUCCUAGCAGGCAUCACACAGGGUUUGCCUUAUGUCUGCUGAGGAAAUAUUUUGACACAGUGAUAGAGUCAUGUCGGAUUGGCCUGCAGAAACCAGAUCCCAAGAUUUAUGAGUAUACAUUACAUGAACUGAAGGCAACGCCUGAGGAGGUUAUUUUUCUGGAUGACAUUGGUGCAAACUUAAAGCCUGCCCAGAAGAUGGGGAUGACAACAAUCCUGGUGAAAGAUGCUGAUUCUGCUUUGAAGCAGCUUCAAGAUCUGACUGGGGUUCAGCUUCUUGACCAGGAAGAAUAUCUUCCUUCAGCAUGCGAGCCCCAGGAUGUAGCCCACGGAUUUGUAAAAAUCAAGCCCGACACAGAGUUGCACUUUGUGGAGAUGGGGAGUGGUCCAGUUAUUUGCCUCUGCCAUGGAUUUCCAGAGUCCUGGUUUUCUUGGAGGUUCCAGAUUCCUGCCCUUGCUGAUGCUGGCUUCCGUGUCAUUGCCUUGCAAAUGAAAGGCUAUGGAAAUUCUGUGGGUCCACCAGAUGUAGAAGCAUAUUCUCAGGAAGAAAUUUGUAAGGAUUUGGUGAUCUUUCUGGACAAAAUGAGCAUUGUUCAGGCUACAUUCAUUGGUCAUGAUUGGGGUGGUGCCACAGUGUGGAAUAUGGCUCUCUUUUACCCAGAACGGGUCAAGGCAGUGGCUGGAAUAAAUACACCCUAUUCACCUUCAAAACCUGGUGUGGAUAUUGUGAAAAGGCUGGAAGCCAUUCCUGUAUUUGAUUAUCAAUUCUACUUCCAAGAACUAGGAGUUGCAGAAGCUGAACUGGAGAAAAAUAUAAACCGAACUCUGAAGAUUAUGAUCCGAUCUAGCAGGAAGGAGGAUAAAAUUGAAGGACUUUCUCUUAGUACAAUUGGAGUUAGGAAGCGAGGGGGGCUGCUUGUGGGACUUCCUGAAGACCCACCUCCAACUUCUCUUCUUCCAGAGCCAGUCCUCCAGUGCUAUGUACAACAAUAUCAAAAAUCUGGAUUCAGGGGUCCACUGAACUGGUACCGAAACAUGGAAAGAAACUGGUCUUGGGGAGCUUCUGCCCAGGGCAGAAAGAUCACAGUUCCUGCCCUGAUGGUUACUGCUGGAAAGGACAGAGUUCUCAGUCCAGAAAUGAGCAAGAACAUGGAGAAGUGGAUUCCACAAUUGACUCGUGGCCAUAUUGAAGAAUGUGGGCAUUUCACACAAAUGGAGAGGCCUGCAGCUUUGAACAAAAUCCUGAUCGAAUGGCUGGAAGAUGUUCACAAAAAUGCUUCGCUGCAAACAACUGCCAAGCUUUGAAAACAACUUUAGCCCCCAUAUUGGCUGAACCAUUAGCCAAUUCAUUUACGGAAGGAAGGAAGAAUUCGUAAGAUAAUUAGUUAUGGAGCUCUCAUGGUGCUUUGGGAAUUAAAAUAGAGAAUUUUUAGUUGAUGUUUGAAAAAUUCAAUGCAUUAGAAGGGAUGGACUUUAAAAAAAUAGCCUAAACAGAAUGCUGAAAAUGUAACUAUGCUGAGAUUAUCCUUUGAUCUUUAUACUUUUGAUUGUUUUGAUGUAAGAAAAUUCUUAAUGGCCAAGAUAUUCAUACCUCAUUUGGAUCAUGAUUUAUUUAAGCAGAGUUUAGUGAAUGAAUCACAAUUGGAUGAGCUUAUAUAGCAUAUUAUUAUGUCCAAACCAAACAGCUCUUUAACACAAUUUAAGACCUGAAGUGGCGCAGUGGUUAGAAUGCAGUAUUGCAGGCUAAUUCUGCUGACUGUGAGGGGUUCGAUCCUCACCAACAAAAGGUUGACUCAGCCUUCCAUCCUUCCAAGCUCAGUAAAAUGAGAAUCCAGAUUGUUGUGGGCAAUAUGCUGACUCUGUAAACCUGUUGCUAAUUUGUGAUCAAGUUAUAGUUUCCCUAACAUAUUGGAACCACGUUUUAGUAAUAAUUUGUGGGAAGCUUCUCGGUUCAGAUGAAUCAGAAAGUGAUUUAACAAAUUCAGGAUGCAUCUUCUGAAGCAGGCACAAGACAGGACAAAAACAUUUGAUUAAUGCUGUGAUUGAGAAUGGGGUUGCUCUCCAGAUGUUGAUAUCAAUUCUAUUAUGAAACAUGUUUUUGCUGUGGCAGAUGGGAGUUGUGCUUCAGAAAUCUCUGGAGAGUUGUAAUUCUGAUUUGCCACCUGUACUGAACUCAGGUUUCUAAUUGUGGUAUUUAGUUUAUUUUCAUGAUUAUGAAAUUUCAAUUGUAUAUGUUUUGCAACAGUUUGGGUUAAUUUUUGGAAAGAUACUAUUGAUCAGUGUUUUUCAAAUUGGUUCCACUGGAACUCUAGGAUUGCACAAGAAACUGAAGAGGUUCUACAAGAAAGUGAGGAGAAAAAUUCAUUCAAACUUGGCUAAAUUUCUACCACUGGAAUUUCUGGGGUUAUUUUUUGCCUUUAACUAAAAAAAUUUGGCUGAAAAAGUUUGAAGAUGCCGUAUGUCUACUAGUCUUUCACGCAGCUGUAUUUUUUUCCUGGGAUCACAGGGAGAAAAGAUGACUCCAUCAAAGAGUCAUCUAUUUUUUGGCUUCACAAGGCAGCCCACCAUCUUAAACCCCCCUGCAACUCAGACUAACCUGAGCACAACAAAGUCCCCACCCAAACAGAACACUCCCCCAGCCAAUCAGAGCACAGCCAA